AUGUCUCUCCAAAUCAAAGCCCUCACACGCUCACUGCAUGUUCUGAUGAUGUUAUGUUUGAUAAUGAUGAUCAUUGUGAUGGAGGGCAAUUUUAUUUCCUCCGAAUUAUUACUGAACAAUGAUAAAUUUCGAAUACGUGAUGAUCACGAAAAUGUACUAAAUUAUAUGAGGAGGAAAGCCUUGAGUAGUUGGGAAAAUGAUGAUCAAAUGAUGAUGGAAAAUUCAAAUCAAAUAUUGUUGAAUGAUUCCGAUGCCAGUGGUGUUGUUAUUAGUAAUAACAGCAGCACUAUUCCAAAUAUAUUUUAUUUAAAUACUAAUAUUCCGACCAUUAAUAAUGCAUCAUCUUUAAAUUGUAAUAAUAUUUCGAAUCCUUGUACGAAAGGAUCACAAAUUUUAAAUUAUUUCUAUGAAAAUUUAGUUUACAAGACGGAUAGUAUUGAUGUUUAUGUGAUUGGCAAUUUGACAGAUUGUUUUGAUGGGACUGACAGAUCGAAUUCCUCCACAAGUAAUUUAUUAACAAUGCGGCUGAUAGGUCAAGAUCCUAAUCAAUAUUCCUAUAUGAAUUGCAACAUGAGAUUAUUAUUUACAAAUGUCUAUUUUCAUUACUUUAACCUUUACAAAUAUGAUGUGAAAAAUUUGAAUACAGUAGGAUUUGUGAAUUGUAACAUUAAUUCAGUGAAUGGAGAUGAAAAAAUUGAAACUGGAAAGUUAGUAAUACGAAACUCAAUUUCUAGGAACUCUAAUUUUGAGACUACUAGUGUAGUGGAUAUUGACAAAUUUGUCAUGAUUGAAAGUGAUUUGAAAGUUUUCUUUCAUGAUCUGUAUUUUUGGAAAUCAAGAUUUCUGACAGUUAAUACUCUUAAUAAUUCUUUAUUUGUGGAUAGUUCAAUAGAGUUGAAUAGAUUGUCAAUGGUAGCAGUUGAAAAUAGCAGAUUCGAGAGAUCUCAAUUAACUGCUGUUUACCUAUCCGCUUUGGAAAUCAAUAAUUGUACAGUAUACGAAACUGUGAGAUGGCUACGAUUGAAAGGAACUAUUCUCUUAUCUCUAGAGAACAGUGUCAUUAGUGAGAGUCCAUACGACUCAUCGAGUAAGGGAAUUAUAGAAUCAAUAUUAUCGAGCUAUAUUCACAUUAACCAGUGUAAAUUUCUUUCCAAUAACAAUAUAGCAGUUUAUGUGGACGAAACUGGUUUCUUCCAUACGAGAAAAUCGUUAUUUAGUAAUAAUUUGGGGGCUGUAUAUAUUGGAGAAAUAGUUAACUUGGGAGAUGUAUUAACUGGAGUCCAUAUUAUAUCAUCCACAUUUUCAAGAAACUUUGGAGUAAAUGGUGGUGCCAUAACUCUUCCCAACACAACUAGUGAAAUAUUUCGUUGUGAAUUUUAUGCAAAUAUUGCUCAAGCAGGAGGUGCAAUUUUUUCCACUUCUGGUGAAUUGAACAUACUCAACAGCAUCUUUGAAGAAAAUCAUGCUUUUUAUUCUCCUUCAUGUCCCACUCCAUUUUGUGGAAGAGGAGGAGCCAUCUAUGCUCAAAACCCAAUUCUUUUAAAUAUUGACUCUAAAAACACUUUCCGUAGAAACUAUGCAAGAGAUGGAGGCGCAAUUUAUGUUGAUAUUUAUGAUGACAAUGAAUUCUGGAAAUCAUGGAUUUUAGUACUGAACUGUUUAGAAAACUCUGCAACCUUUUAUGGAGAUUGUUUUUAUUCGAAACAAGAUAUGAAAGAACAUGAUUUUCUAAAAAUUUUAAAGAACUCUCCAAAUGCAUUAGGUUCUUCUAAAUUAACAAUUGUGGACGUCAAACCAAGCUCCCUUGAAGUAUAUCCAGGUCAGAAAGCAUCCAUAGCUUUGACUAUUAUGGAUGGGUUCAAUAAUACUUUACAAAAGCUGCAAACACAACCAGUAAUAGCGAGCUCAGAUCCUGGAGUAGCAUUUCAGACAUUUUUUGAAAAUACCACAUUCACCAUCUCUCUACAAGUUACUAAUCACAAUACCACCUCAGCUGUGGCUUCAUUUUAUGUUGGAGAAGCAAAUGUUAACAUUACUGUCAAAAUCAUACCAUGCCCAGAUGGCUAUUCAUUAGUUAAUUAUUCUGCAUCAGAAACAAGCAAGAGAUUGUGCCUCAAAAAUCCUGAUCCACCACUCCAUAUCAUUUUACCAGCUAUUUUUUCAAGUAUAAUAUUGUUCAUUGUUGGAAUCUUGUUGGGAAUUUUAAUAAUAUAUCUAGGUUGGAAUAUUAAUGAAAAGUUGAAACGUCUCAAGAAAAAGGAGAAGGCUGAAAAGAACUUGGCUCAGCGUCUUGUUGAUAAGCAAGUUAUCUUUUCAGAAAACAAUGAGUUGAAUCCAUCAACAGAUCUAAAGACGUCACUAUUGGGAAGCUAUUAUGCCAACAGUCAAGGAUCCUCUUCAUCUGGAAAGAAUAGAAAAAUUAAGGAGAAAAUUAGGAUGCAAGCAGAGCAAAACUAUUUAAUUCCAAUAGAAAAUAUUGAUAUUGUUCGAAAAAUUGCUGAAGGAGCAAAUGGCAUCGUAUACCUCGGGAAAUGGCUUGGCACUGAAGUUGCUAUGAAGAGCUUGAAAUUGGAAUAUGUUACGGAAGAGGAGAAUGAGGAAUUUGAAAAGGAGGCAGCAUUAUUGAAAUCCCUUAAACACCCAAAUAUUGUCACCAGUUUUGGCGUUUGUAUGAGUGGAAAUAUUAAAUACAUGAUUGUGGAAUACAUGCCAAGAGGAAGCUUGGACAGGGCAAUUUAUCAAUCUAGAACUGGAGCUCAAAUACUCAAAUUGAAACAAAAAGUGAAUAUCCUUCUUGGAGUUGCAAACGGUAUGAACUAUUUACACUCUCUUAAACCAUAUAGUAUCAUACAUAGAGAUUUGAAACCUGGAAACAUUUUGCUUGAUCAUAAUUUAUCAAGUAAGGUAACAGAUUUUGGACUCUCCAAAAUUAUAGGAGGAAAUUCUACCAACACAAUGACUACAGCACUGGGAACUUUAUUUUACAUGAGGUGA